GUGGGUGUGUGAGACCUGUGCCUCCAAACCCCAGCCAGUUCUCAGGGCCACCUUAAGGUGGACAAGUCUCAGAAAUUCAGCCCAGAACACCCAGCAUACGGUCUCAUCUGCUGUUUCUUUUCUCCCCGUGCAGAUAGAUCAUCUUGAAGGAGAGCCUCACAGACCAGACACAGGUUGAGAGGAGGGCUUGGGGGUCCACCACGCAACCCAGCCCAGGAGGACCCCACAGUUGGACCUUGCUGCAGCUCUGUGAGUUGGCUGAAGAAGAGAAAGCUGCAGAGAGCCAGAAGAGACCCCCGGAGAGGAGCAAAGACGCAUGCUCGCACAGGUGGCCGGCCUGGCCCCCACUUCUGUGCGUCUCUAAGGAGAGGCAGCACCAUGCUGGGUCCCCACCUCCCACCUGCCCCCCUGGGACCCAGCGAAGACAGGCCCACUCCCUGCACCUUCCGGAUCCCUGAUGGGAGCUACAGGUGUCUGGCCUUGGAGGCUGAGGAGAGCAGCGGUGAGGAGGGCCUUCAGGGAGAGGCAGGGCUCACGAACUUGGAUGAGGACAGGGUGGCCAGCAGGAAUGGGGACAGCUCUGCCUGCAGGGCCACCCAGGGGGCAGCAGAGCUGCCCAAGGCCCUGGGCAUCCAGGCACCCAGACACUCCAGAGAAGCACAAGGGGGGUCCCAGCAUGAUAACAAGGCCGGCCAGGACGGGAGCACGGUGAAGGCUCAGGGGGUGAUGACAACCAGCCCCGGCCCCAGCCGCAGCGCGGGGCCCAGGGUUGCCCAGAAACCAGCAUUGGCCCACAGCACCAGCCUCACUGAGAAAGAUCUGAAAGAGGCCAAGGCCUGGAGCCAGCAGAUCGCGGCACAGCUGACCACCCCGCCCAGCUCCAACUCCCGAGGCGUCCAGCUCUUCAACAGGCGUCGGCAGAGGGUGAACCAGUUCACCUUGGAGAACCCCGGCCCGAGGGAACGGGAACGGAAGCCCAGCCAGGAGUCCCUCAGAGUGCCCCCUGCCGGCCCUGCGGGCUACGCCUCGGGGCUCGGCCUGAGUCCCACCUCACCCCCUGAGCCAGGCCCUCCAAGGAACGGCGACCGCCAGAGCCCUGACACAGGGGUCCCCGCUCACACCAUGGAGGGGUGCUCAGAGAAAGCCAGCUUGCUGCGGCACCUGGAGAAGGUGGCCAGCGAGGAGGAGGAGGUACCGCUGGUGGUUUACUUGAAGGAGAACGCGGCCCUGCUGACAGCCAAUGGACUGCACCUGUCCCAGAACCGAGAAACCCAGCAGACCCCGCCAAGCCCGCCCGCGGCUGAGGCCCACAGCCCAGCUGUAGACGUCAACCAAAACGUUUCCUCACUCAGCGCCACCCUUAUCACGCCAGCCUCUAACAGCAACCACAGCCUGCCAGACGCAGACCACGCAGACGUCAACCAGAACCCCCCGGCCACUGUCGCCCCGCAGAGCCAGCAGCCCUCAGAAAGCCAGCUCCCUCCCAAUGGCACGGUGUCAGAUUCCAAACCCAGCACCCCGUGUGCCAGCGGGCAGCCCCCCGAGCCGGCUGCAGAGGUCAAAUCCAGCACCCUCCUCAUUGAUAAGGUGUCAGCUCCACCUACCAGCACCAACACCUUCUCCAGAGAAACUACUCCCGUCUCCAGCUCUGGGAUCCCAGCCCCAGAUUUCGCGUCCAGCUGCCUGCUCAUCGAUGUGCAGCCGGGCGUCCCAGCGGUGUCAGCGGAACCUGAGCCGUCUGGAUGGGCAGCCACGCCCACGCCCACCAAGCUAUACAGUGAGGUCCACUUCACACUGGCCAAGCCCCCAUCAGUGGUCAACAGGACCGCCAGGCCCUUUGGGAUCCAGGCUCCAGGGAGCACCGGCCAGGUGGAACGGAGCCCCAUGGUAGAGAGACGACAUCUCGGGGAGAAGGCCCGGGCUCCCCAGCCCUCAAGCGUGGUAGACAGGAGCCCUCGGCCACAGAGACAUGUGAUGCCCCACAGCCCCAUGGUGGAGAGGAGGCCCGUGGCACAGCGCAGCCCUGCCUUGGAGAGACGCCCCUUGGGGAACUUCACCCCACCCCCCACCUAUGCUGAAACCUUGUCCACGGCUCCCCUGGCUUCCCGGGGCAGGUCUCCCCCAUCCUACUCUGCCCUCUACCCCAGCUCUGACACCAAGCCUUCUCACCUGAAGGGCCAGGCAGCUCCGGCCAGCAAGACAGGCAUUUUGGAGGAGUCCAUGGCCCGCAGGGGCAGCCGGAAAUCCAUGUUCACCUUCGUAGAGAAGCCCAAGGUGACCCCGAACCCAGACCUGCUGGAUCUGGUACAGACGGCUGAUGAGAAGCGGAGGCAGAGGGACCAGGGGGAGGCGGGCGUGGAGGAGGAGCCCUUUGCCCUGGGGGCCGAGGCCUCCAACUUCCAGCAGGAGCCCGCACCCCGGGACAGGGUCAGCCCCGGGGCAGCCGAGGAAGUCCUCCCGGAGUGGGCCUCAUGCCUCAAGUCUCCGCGCGUCCAGGCCAAGCCGAAGCCCAAACCCAACCAGAACCUGUCCGAGGCCUCUGGGAAGGGGGCCGAGCUCUACGCCCGCCGCCAGUCCCGGAUGGAGAAGUAUGUCAUCGAGUCCUCCGGCCACACCGAACUGGCCCGCUGCCCUUCACCCACCAUGUCCCUGCCUUCGUCCUGGAAAUAUUCCACCAAUGCUCCUGGUGGCUUCCGGGUGGCAUCCCGGAGCCCAGCUCGCACCCCGCCUGCCUCCCUCUACCACGGCUACCUGCCCGAGAAUGGGGUCCUGCGCCCCGAGCCCACCAAGCAGCCGGCCUACCAGAUGCGGCAGUCUCUCUUCGUCCUCUCACCCAUCAAGGAGCCCGUCAAGGUCUCUCCGAGAGCCGCCUCGCCCGCCAAGCCGAGCUCCUUGGACCUGGUGCCCAGCCUGCCCAAGGCCGCUCUCCCGGCAUCCCCGGCCCUGCCUCGGCCCUCCCGCUCCUCACCGGGCCUCUACACCUCCCCCGGCCAGGAUGGCCUCCAGCCCACGGCCGUGAGCCCUACCUACAGCAGUGAUAUCUCCCCUGUGUCGCCCUCCAGGGCGUGGUCUCCCCGAGCCAAGCAGGCCCCCAGGCCCUCCUUCUCUACCCGGAAUGCUGGGAUCGAGGCUCAGGUGUGGAAGCCUUCCUUCUGCUUCAAGUAACGGACCCUGCAGGGAUCCCACUGCCUGGCAGGGUCCCCUCUCCGAGGGCUGGAUGGAGAGCAGAUGUGGCUGGAAGUGGCACAGAGCUGAGGGUCAGGAGUAUGGGGACCCAGGGCUCAAAGGCUGAUGCUGCCACCAGCUAGCUUUGUGACUUUGGGCAAGCCCUCUCUGGGCUGCAGCUCCUCCUUCCCUGCCACAAGGGUCAUGAGACUCCAAGUCUGAAGGAUCUGCAGUCCGAUACCGGAUAGCAGGGAGGGUCAUGGAGAGAGAACUCCCUUGGCAGGCCGAAAUGAGGCUGGGGGGCUUCCUCUGGCCUUUGUGAGCCUUAGGGAUGCCAGCGUCUUGCUGGGGAAUGGCCUAGAAGGGGACCCUAACACGGGCUUCUGGAGCAAACAGCCUGCCAGUGCCUCUGUGCAACCAGCCAGCCAAGGGUCUGCCUCCUCAGCUGCCCCAGCUCCCGGCGUCUUUCUGCCUGUCGCUGGCUUCUUACCUGCACAGGUCUCUCUUCCAUCUCUGCCUUCUGGACACCGAUUCCUCUCCGCCGCUUCAGAGAGCUUUGCCUCGGCUGCCACGUUUUCUCCUCUCGUGGCUUCUUCAGCUGGACAAGGACUUAGCCUGCCACUGCUGUCUGAUGCUUUUCUUCCUGCCCCUCUGCUCAACCCGCCUCCGUGCCCUCUCCAAACACCUGGCUCCACUUUGGGGAUAGCUAGAGCAGUUCAUCCCAGACCCCAUCUGGCUGGCCCUCAGUGUGCUAGGGCGUGCGAAGUCCCGGGGGAUCCCUGAGAAAAGGGGAACCCUGUAGAAGGAUGUGCAGAUGUGAGUGUGCAGUGAGAGAGCCCCCCACCCCACCCCACUUAUUUAUAUAGUCAGGGCCCUUCCAGCUAUGACAGUCUUCGAGGAUUGAGGGGAUAGGCUGGUGCUUCGAGAGAAAGGCCUUGUAAGUGAUAAGACAGUCCCCUGGAAAGAGACGGGGAGGGAAAUGGGCUGUUGCCAUAGAACCGUUGGAGAUGAGAGGUCUGUAAGGGCGUCCUGGGGCGUGGCUGCAACGAGCUGCUUCAGGAAGCCAGGGGAUCAGAAGCCUCGGCUGGGACGGCACAGGCUCAGGGUGGCCUAGAGACAGUAGAAGCAUGGCAGGGGCUUGGGCAGGGGCCUAGCAGCUUAGUGGGACAGAGGAGGAGACCUUAAGGCUUUGAGGACAGGGCCGGCACUUAAGAGAUCUGGAUUCUACCAGAUUAAUUCCGUGUGUAUCUUUGGGUCUCAGUUUCCCCGUAUCGUGAGGGUGCUGAGUCAGGUAGUGUGAGAUGCUCACCACCUCUGACACCUUUGAUGUGAUGCAGCCCCCAAACCAGGCUUUGUGGGCAGGGAGAGAAUACAGACGCAAGAGGCAGAAUUCGGGUGGAAGCUUCCCAAGGCUGGGGGCCGAGCACCACCCACUUUCUCUUCCCCAGCCCUAUUUCUGGGCUCCCCAGCGGGGUGAGGGGUGGUGGAGGCGGUGCCCAUGCUGGGCUGAGCCUGCAGUUUUCGUGAGCUCUGGGCUCGUCUCCAUGGGAACAGGGGGUGCCUUCCUAGUGAGUUCAUUCUGCCCAGAACUUUGGGGGCAUGCGUGGGGGAGUCGUAAGUGAGCUCAGCUUCUUCGUGCCUGGCCCCUCCCAGGACAGAGCGAAGCCCCUACCCUGGACCCUGCUCCCUUCUACCCUCCCCCCCCCCCCCCCGCCAGGGCCAGCAGUGGAAGAGGCCACCCUCCAUCCUGCAGCUCCUGCGGCCAGGCUGGCCGAGCUCUUCCCCCAACUUUGUUUUCUCUCCUGUUCUCAAUACACUCGGCCUCAAAUCUGUCUUGCUUCUUUCUUUCUUCCGCACUCCCUGGCUGGUGGUCAGGACUCUCUCCUUCCCGAUUCUGGCUUGGGAGGUGGGGUGGGACAACCCAGUUACCGUGUGGCGUGUCUCCGAGUACUGUUUGAAUCCGCUGCGUGUCUGGAUCUGCCGUGUGUAUAGAUGUGUGCCGGCUUGGAGGCAAGGGCUGCCUCUCUCUCGUCCCUGGGUCAGCACUUAGGGAACCAUAGUCCUGUGGAAAUCACAUUCUUCUGUUUUCUCCUUCCUUCAGAGUUUGGCCAAAAAGGCUGUGGAACAUAGGGAAGACCCAUGGCCCCUUACAGUCCAUGUUUGUUUGAGUUCUUUAAAAGUGGAAUUAAAAAAAAAUUUUUUUUAA